AUGUUGUAUUUGUUUCUUGUGGCCCUCUUGCCUUAUACCUGGGCUGCCGUUGCCUUGAACAUGUGCUCAACAACCAACUUGGGAUGGCAGCAGUCCACAUCUGAAUACAUGUCGAAUGGCUUGUGCAAAACAACAUGUUCCAAUGCCGGAUUUGCCGUGGCCAUCACCCAGAAUCACAACUGCUGGUGCUCCAAUAAUGUGCCUGCCGACACUGUGUCGUUGAACCGCUGUGAUACGGGUUGUCCCGGCUACAGCGACGAGGAAAACUGUGGAGGAAACGGUGUGUACGGCUAUGUGAUCUUGCUGGAACCCAGCAGCACCGUGGGUGCCCUGCUGCUGCUGACGCUGCUGCUGACUUCCACUUCUUCACCUUCGUCUACGCAAACUUCAACUAGCGAAGAUGCAUCUGAAGACACAUCGGAUUCUACAGAGGAUCCCACCUCUACACAGCCGACGACGUCUGCUAGGCCUAACACCACCUCCACUUCAAACUCCCCAACCACACCUUCCACUCCACCAACAACUUCAUCCACCACUCCAACCACAUCAUCCACUACAACCACAUCCUCCAGUCUGCUGAGUCUGUCGAGUCUGUCGAGCCAAUCGAACUCAUCGCUGUCCAGUUCAUCCACUGAAUCGCCCAGUUCAGUUGUGAUUACCUCUGUUCGGGCUACUACUGUGGUUUCCGUCACAACCGUCAACGGCUCAGCAUCGCAGCUUGUAUCCACACGAUUUGUAACGGAAGUUGCACCAACUUCUGGUAGCUCUCUGCUGGUUCAGCUGAAAAGUGGGUCGUCCUUCUUUGAUUCCAAAGGUAAGGUAGCAGGAACUUUUACCGCCGUGGGGGUGGUAGUGGUGGCCGCCUUGUCUGGAAUUCUCUACUGCUGCUGUUUUGGCGCCGGACGUCACAGCGACGACUACUCCGACGAGGAGAACCAAUACUCAUCCGAUGAAUUGUCGCUUGCCAACGACAAGCCUGUGCGUGGCCUGAAGCCAUCACUGCGUGAGUCCGUAUUGAACAGAAAUAAUCUGAGCAAGUCAAUUCUCUCCCUAUUCAAUGUGGGAGCUGGUACAGGUGGGGCCUCGGUUAGCCGGAGCGCGCUGAAGAAGAGACUUAAUCCUAAGGGCUCUACUAAUGACCUUUCUGGACCUAUGUUCCCGAUCCUGGAGUUUGACCAUCGUUUGGAUCCUGCCACAAUGUUCCAAACCAACAACGAGUCCAAGAUGUCUCUUGCCGACGAGCAAGACUAUUCGAGACGUAUUUUGCAUAUCGCCAAUCCCGAGGAGCACUGA